AUGGAGGCUUCUCAAGAACCUCACCUUCCAAACUACAUGAAAGACGACAACGUUAGCCAGGAAACCAAGAACUUGAUAUCUUCUCUUCCCUCAGACAAAGAUUUUAUGGGUUACAGUCUCUACAACUACAAAGGUUGUUGGUACUAUCCCAACACACUCCAAGCCGUUCUUGACGUCCAAGAGCAUUUCCAGCCACGAAAGAAGGACAUAAACCUUGCUUCUUUGCCCAAAGGUGGUACAACUUGGCUCAAAUCUAUAGUCUUUUCCGUUUUACAUAGAGAAAAAUACCGCGAAAAUCCCGAAACACAUCCUUUGCUCUCACAAAACCCUCAUGACCUUGUCCCAUUUCUUGAGAUUGAGCUAUACGCUGGUAGCCAAACUCCUGAUCUCACAAAGUUUCCUUCUCCUAUGAUCUUUUCUACACACAUGCACUUGAAGACAUUGCUUGAAGCCACCACAAAGUCUUCUUCUUCUUCCUCGCCUUGCAAAAUCGUGUACGUGUGUAGAGGUAUCAAAGACACGUUUGUCUCCGCUUGGCAUUAUAGGAACAAGUUGCAUCGAACGGAGAUGGAUCAAGCAAGUUUUGAGCUCAUGUUUGAUGCUUACUGUAGAGGAGUUCACUUAUACGGACCCUAUUGGGAGCACGUAUUGAGCUACUGGAAAGGGAGCUUAGAAGAUGAGGAGCAUGUCCUAUUUAUGAAGUAUGAAGAGAUCAUUGAGGACCCUCGUCUUCAAGUCCAGAGACAAGCUGAGUUCUUGAACUGUCCAUUCACCAAGGAGGAAGAAGAGAGGGGUAAUCCAUGA